AUGUGCGCGGCUACUCAGAAGAGAUCGCAGUCAAACUCUGUUCCAGCCUACUUCAAGCCUGCUCCGUCGGAAAUUAACUAUGGCCGCAUGCGCUUUCUCAUUACUGAUAGACCAAGCAACUCAUCGAUUCAAAGUUACAUCGAGGAGCUUCAAAAACAUGAUGCUCGUGCUGUAGUCCGCGUUUGCGAAGCCACCUAUGAGACUAAUCCACUUCGCGCUAAUGGCAUUGAGGUGCUGGACUGGCAAUUCAGCGAUGGAUCUCCACCACCACCAGAGAUCAUCAACAAAUGGCUUCAGUUGAUUAAACAGUCGUUCAAAGAGCAUCCGCAGCAGAGCAUUGCUGUACACUGCGUUGCCGGACUCGGACGUGCUCCGGUUUUAGUGGCAUUGGCCUUGAUCGAAGCCGGAAUGAAGUACGAGGAUGCUGUGGAAAUGAUUAGAACACAAAGACGCGGUGCGCUUAAUCAAAAACAACUUCAAUUCCUCGAGAAAUACAAACCAACGGGCGAGCUUCGCAAACUUCGUUACUCGAUUGAUGGAAAACAAAAGACUUGCUGUAUUCAGUGA